CGCUCGCAUGCAGUGCAAGUAAAAGUUGAGGCGGCACGAAGUUUCAGUUCAUGUAUCGGUCUGCGCAGCUUCAGAGCUCUCUAGAUCUUUCCAUUUCAUCUGCUCACAUCUCUUUAUGUUCCUCAUCCUCUAUCGAUGGAGACUUCGAUUCCCUCUUAAGAGAAUAUUUGGCAAAUCCAGACGGUUUUGCGAUGGGAUCUUUUCUCUGGGAGUCUGAGAGGAAUCAAGCACGUCCUCAAAGACCAACUGAGCAGUUAUUUCGCUAGUUUCCUCACGGCGUUGCGACAUACAUCAUUCAAUCUUUAUCGUGUGUAUUUUUUUUCGUUUCUCUACACGGAGGUUUGACGUGGCGUCGACAGUUUUAAUAUUUAUGAGAAAAUCUGAAUUCACGCGCCUGAUUUGGAUUAUCCGUUUCCCAGGAUACCGAACACUGAAUCGAUCGCGCGUCAACUAGAGACUUAAUUUUCCGAUUUUCCUGGACUUAAAGACUGCCGAAGGUGCUUUUGGAAAUGAGCGGUCCGUUUUCAAAAUGUCUUUUUUAAGAAUCACUCGUGGAGAGAGACGUUUCCUCAGAGGACGGGAGGGUUUGUAACGCUGAAUUUAUCGCCGAUUUCACGACACGCGUUUUCCAUGGCUCCUGCGGUCAGAUCGAUUAAGCGUAAGGAUGCGAUUAACUGGCCGAGGAUGUCGACAACUUUCUGGGCUGUGCUGCUGUUGACGGCGCUUCUGAUCGUGUACUGCGGUCAACUGGCAGCAGGCACCUGUGAGAUUGUUACUCUAGACAGAGACAGCAGUCAGCCACGCAGAACUAUUGCCAGACAGACGGCCCGCUGCGCAUGUAAGAAAGGACAGAUUGCUGGGACAACGAGAGCCAGGCCGGCCUGCGUAGAUGCUCGUAUUGUGAAGACCAGGCAGUGGUGUGAGAUGGUCCCCUGUCUAGAGGAUGAAGGCUGUGACCUGUUAGUAAAUAAAUCAGGCUGGACUUGUACACAGCCCAGCGGCAGAGUGAAAACUACAACGGUGUCCUAACAGCGGGAGGGGUUCCUGGAGUGCUACGAGACGAGGCCUCUUGCUGCUUCGCCCACCUGCUGUAGAUACUUGCUAUGUCUCAUCGGCUUAACACCUGCCUCUGCCUACCUGUCUGAGUCUCUGCUUUGUAAAUGGGCAGCACCCCCUUGUGCCACGGAGAACACACUGUACGUUCACAAAGCGCCUCACAGACAUUAGGAGCCUUGAGGACUUUAAGAGCGCAGCACGGGACAAUGAGGCGCCUAUCCUGUCUGAGACUGAAUCAGACACAGGCUUUAUGGGACUCCACCAGCGGUUCCGACCCAAUCUGAGACUGUGAACUGCUCUGUGAAACGGCUUUCUGCUGGAGUACGUUUUUGGCGCUCAUUUUUUACUGACCAAAGAGGAACAAUUAUACACAACAAACAAAAAAACAUUGACUAUGUGAGCACGGACUGAGGGAAAGACUCAAAAGGAACAAUUUUGGCAAAGAAAAAAUCAAUAUAUAUAAACCUAAAUGUAGAGAGAGAGAGAGAUAGAUAUAGAUAUAGAAAGACUUUGCUAUGACGCAGUGGUCUACAAAUGGAAACACUGACGUGGAACAUUGAAACGACAUCGGGUCGAACAUUCCCAUUUAUCACAAUCCAAGGAGAACCUUUAAUACUUUACAGAUUCCCUUGAACCGAACCAAGCACUGUAUUCCAAGGACAACAAGGAUAUAGAUACUGUACACAUAAACGCAUCAAGAAAUUUAAUUAGCAUUUUUCAGUAGCAACAUUUUGGACAGUUUGCAUUAAACAUAGAAGGUUAAAUGGAAGAGUACCCCAUUGCUUAUCAUCAGAAAAUAUUAAAAAAGAACAUAAAAACUGUAAUUUCUGUUUACCAGGAGUGAGAUGUCAUUAUAUGUAUUUUGAAAAGGCCUACGAGUUAUAUAUUUAACAGUUUUAUAUGUUGUACCUUUGUAGAGAAUCUUAUUUAACAUGAAUAACGUUGUGGAAAUGACAGAUGUAGAAUGUGGGUAAUGCUCUGCUCCAUAACGCAGUCCAGUCUUAUAAAGUUCAAACUCAAGUAGCAAUUUUCCUUUCACAGGUUCGAAAACAGGACUACGAGAACAUUAAGUAAAGAAGAAAACGGACAAAAUGCAAAGGAAAGAAUUGAUUAAUUGCAGAAAAGCAAACAUGGAAUCUACUUUUAGCUUUUGUAUUGUAAAGGGUCGGAGAAAAGCUCUUGUAUUCGGCUUUUCUGAGAUUGAUUUUUGUGCUUGUGUUUGUUUGCACAGUGCUCACCUCCAAGUCUUGACACCUCCAGAGACAGUUCAGAAAGUCUUAGAUUCAUUUACAUUAAAUACUUUUUUAUUAUGAACUAUUUUAAGAAUAAAUUAAAAAAGUGAAAAUAUCAAGUUGCUAAAACAAAAUUGUAAUAUCAUGAUGUUUUUGGUAGUUUCUUUCUCCUUUUAAAAUGAUAUACCAGGUUUGACGGAGAUAUGUACAUUUGGAGGUACGCAUGAUGAAUCGAUUUAUAUUUGGGAGGAAAUGAGACUGAGGGGUGAAUUCACUAAAAAGCGCAUAAUCUUUAUUUAAGCACAUUUUUUUUUGUGUAUAUUUUAUUUUUUUAUUCACUUAGCACCUGCAAUCCAGUUUAACCAGAA